AUGGAAGAGCAUAUGGACAUUCCUACACCAGACUUCGUUGUUGUCAUUUCUUCAGCCUUCCCCAAAACCUCCGUCCCUCCUUCUCCGUCAAGAAGUGGCUAUCUCCAGAGCUCUUCCUGGUUCAAGUCCCAGGAAUUCCGUCCUAUCGACCCGCAGAGGAUCCAAGGCUUCUUCUGGCCUCACGUACGACGCCGACAGAAGGCAUAG